CCCUCGGGCAAAGGCUCCUCCCCCGGGCUGGCGCUGAUCACCCCUGCAGGGCCAUGGCCAAGCCCUGGGGACGCUCCACCCUCCGGAACCGCUGAAGCCCAAGGGGCUGGGGCUGGUGGCUGGGGGGCGGGGCACCCACGCGCCAGGGUGCUGGGUCCCCAACUGACUCCGUGCCCUGGGGGACCUCCCCUUUCUGCAGCCGCCAUGAACCGGCUCCGGGACAUCCAGCGUCUGGAGCCGCUCCAGGGCCCCCUGAAGUGGGUGCCCACGCUGGGCGAGCUGCAGAAGACCCUCCAGAAGGGCGAGUACUUGCCCCUGCGCCCGCUGCCCAUGUUCGAGAGUAACUUUGUCCAGGUGACCAAUCGAGGGGCCCCAGCAUAUGUGCACCACAGAACCAACCGAGUCACCAUGGGCGUGGCCGCCUCCCUGCCAGGCCUGGUGUUGCCAGACAUCCUGCUGAUGGCCCAGCCCCCGGAGGGCAGGGAAUGCACCAACCUCGUCCUCACCAGGAUGAUCCCGCUGGACCUGGUGCAUCUCUAUGUCCAUGACCUGUCUGCCUGGCGCCUGAAGCUGCGCCUGGUCACGGGCCGCUACUACUACCUGGAGCUGGACGCCCCUGACAACGAGAUUGGCUUCCUGUUCGACCGCUGGAUCCGCCUCAUCAAUCUGCUCCAGCAGCCCGCCACCUCCUGGGCCCCCAGGACCCUACACACACCUCCCAUGAAUCUGGCCCAUGUGGCACCUCCUGCCUCCACCUGGCGCCUCCAGGUGGGGCCUGACUCCACAGCCCCUGGGAACAGCUAUGUCCUGCUCGUCAAGCCCACCUUUCCUUACAAGAUGCUGACAGCUCAGAGACAGAGGAAGGCCAAGACCCUCAGGCGCCAGUUCAAGUCUCAGGCCGUGGGCGACUCCGUGCCUCUUGUCUGGUCACAGCUGGAGCAUGCGGACCCGAAGAAGAAAUCCAUGGAAAAGAAACGGCUUUCUCCUCACCCAGAGAAGCCCAGCAUCACCAUUCGGACCAUCUUCAGCAUCAUUUCCAACACGGCCAACCACUCAGAGCCCUCUCACAAGGCAGCUAAGGAGGGCUGGGGGCUGGCGCUGGCAUCUCCACUGGCCCUGCUCACCCUUCCCCUCCCCUCCACACACGUACAGGGUUGCUCUGAUUCUGAGGCAGCCACAUGCCUGGCAGGUUUACUUGAGACCCCUUCUCGCUGCAUCUCGGGGGUCGGCCCUGAAACACCUCUGUUAGGCUCCUGCGAUCACUUGGACAUGUACCUGUGGCAACAGGAGAUGGAAGACCUGAUGGACCCCGAGUCCAGCACCUUGUCCACUUCCUCCUUGGGCCCGGCCACCUACCCUCCUGACUUCCACCGCUCGGCCCCCCAGUCCUCCUUCCCCAAGUGCAGCAAAGAGGCCAGGCCUCUGGACCCUGCGCACAGGCUGUGGCCGCCACCCUCCCAGAAGCCCCCGGCUGUCCCUGCUGCCUCUUCUAAGGCUCCAUUCAUCCUUGAUCAGUCCCAUAAGGUCUCAGCUGUACCUGCUCCACCCCGGAAAGCUCCCCAGGAGGCCCCAGCCGUACCUGCCCCGUCUCGGAAGGCCCCGCGUGCAUCAGCUGCUCCCCACAAGGCCCCAACUGUGCCCGCUCCAUCUCAGAAGCUCCCACGGGUACCAGCGGCUCCCCACAAGGCCCCAGCCGUAGCUGCCCCAUCUCGGAAGGCCCCACAUGUGACAGCUGCUCCCCACAAGGCCCCAGCUAAGAAGGUCCCACAUGCACCUGCUAUUCCCCCAAAGGCCAUGUCCCCUCCUGCCCCAAACAGGAAAUCUGUGUUCCUACCUACCGUAUCCCAGAAGGCUCUGAUCUCACCCAUCCAACACCAGAUGACCUUGGGCCCUGCCAAUGUUGGCGUGCUGCCCAUGGGGAGUCGUGGAGAGGGUGUGCUUGAGCAAAGCAAGCCUGAUGGGAAGCCAGAGCCGGUGGUGUUGGUGGGCACCCAGGAGACAAACAUGGCAGAGGUGAGGACUCAGAAAACAUCCCUGGAGCUGCCCUUUGGCACCACCGAGAAGGAGUCAGAAGACGUCCUGGUCAGCAAAAGCCGGGUCAUCACGGUGGAUGGCUUGAAGGGCAAGGGCAAGCUGGAGGACAAGGUGCACAGGAUGAAGGAGGAGAUCGCUCUGGACAUGCCCGGCUUCAAAUCCAAGGAGGUGGCACAGCAGACAAAAUGGGUCAAGACCCAGGAGCUGACCAUUGAGGAAGCCCUGCGGGAGCACAGCAGGCCCUUCUCCGUGGAAGGGCUCACCCUUGCCAAGCUCAUGAUCAUUGCCAGCUCCAAGGAGCCCUCCAUGAAGCCGGCUCUGGUCAGUCUGCCCUCCUGGCUCUCAACCCCCCAGGGGUCUGCCAUGCCAACGACGGGCACGGUGCCCCUCAGCCCCACCAAGGGGUCCUUGCCGGAGGAGCCCUCGGCGAUGGCCAGGGAGCAGCCACCGUCAGGGGUCUGGGUGAAGAGGACCACGCGCCACUGGGGGGAGGUGGAGGAGCUGCCUCAAGACCCCAAGGGGCCUUCCAAAGGGCGCCCCCACUCCAAGCGGGCCGCCAACAGCCCAAAGAUGAACGUGGCCUCCCUGACUCCCAUCCCUCUGCCCUCAACAAGGUGGGAGGAGGUCCCAGAGUCGCCUGUCUCGCUAACCCCCAUCUCAAAGAUGGAGGCCAGGGUCUCCCAGCAAACCAAGAGAGGAUCUCAAGAGCCCGAGAGGGCGCUGGACCAGCACCCCGUGGCUACAACGGGGUCGUCCUUGGAGGUCCUCUUGCCCACGCUCUUGGAAAUUGAGAGCAUGAAGGACACAGUUUCCAAGGUGGAGAAGAUAAAGGAGAAACUGGGCAUCUUCGCUCCUUCAACCAGCUUGCACCCUUCCCAGAGGCCUCAAUAGCGGAAUUCCAGGGACUCGACCUCGGUGGCUA